AUGAGUCGCUGCUCCUUGGACAACAACAACUUUCCCUUCGACAACAAUGUUCUAGUUCUGGACAUGGUGCUGGGCUCCCUCUGGGGACUGUCCCAGCCAAUAGACUGGGAUAGUGUGGCCAAAAUUGUGCCAAGCUUCACUCCCAAGGAGUGCGCACUUCGCUUUGAGGAGUUAAAAAGUUGUGGAGGUCUUCCUCAAUUGGACGACCAUUGUAAUGCAGUCAUAACAGGAGUGCCCUCGGAUGUGGUGUCAACUGUACUGAACACUGGUCAGGCAGCGGAGACGGGAAGUCAUCAUCGUGCCAGUAACGGUACAGGUCGCAAAUCAACACUCUCAGGAAGUAUUUGUUCUUCUGAAAGGAAAGAUAAAAAGGCUUUGAGCGAGGAUGCCGAAAAACCUCCCAAACAAAGAGAUCCCAACAUGGUUAUCCACGUGUGUGACGAGACCAAGAACCUGAAGCAGGAUUUCACGUGUCCCAGAGAUCUUCUAGUCAAAGAGAUGCGCUACUUUGCCGAGUAUUUGUCCGUGGACUCGCAGAGAUGGGAAGAAGUGGACAUCUCGGUUCACUGCGACGUUCAGAUCUUCGACUGGCUCAUGAACUACGUCAGGAGGAACUCCUCCAAGGACAAACCUCGGCUCGAGCCCAGCAAUGUGAUCUCAAUCCUGAUCUCCUCCGAGUUCUUGAAGAUGGACACGUUAGUAGAGGAGUGUAUCCAGUACUGUCACAAACACAUGAGCGCCAUCGUUGCCACGCCCUGCAGCAUGAACUGCAUCAACAGUAAUUUGGUAUCACGGAUCGCCGAACUCUUCAACCACAACGAGGCAGACGACGUUAGGGACAAGAAAGAUAAGUUCAAAAGCAAAUUGUUCCAAAAGAAGAUUGAACUACUCUUCGACCCGAACUACAAGAAUCGAGAUUCGCCAAGAAAUGCCUCAACCCUCUACAGGUGUGGUCUCUGCUUGAAGAUGCUGACUGAAGACACACAGAGGAAGAUUUCUUGUGUUCCAGGCACGAUCAACAUUGACUCUAAUGGAGAGAUUGUCUACACACAUUCAAGACAAAAGAACUGGGAUGCCAACGAAUACAUUAGCAGCCUGUACGAGGAGCUCAAGUCAUGGGUUCUGGUCUACUGGAGAAUCUGGGGAACUGUCAACUGUCUGACCUGCUCCCGUUGUCAGCAGGAGUUCAUAUGUGCUGAAUUGACCCGUUGCCGGUACCACCCGGAAAGUGUGACGUACCCCGGCACCGGCUCAGGGAUAGACAAAAGCUGGAACGGUACGGGAAUUUACCCCUGUUGUAACCAGACGGUACUGCGCUUUGAUCCAACCGGGAUGCCAAAGGGUUGUCGAAUGCGAGACCACAUCGUAAACGUGCCAAAUGAGGACGAGUGUGACGAAGUCAUGUCGGCUCAGACCAGAGUUCUCAAUGACCUGCUGCUGCACAGAGACGCUGUGUGUGUGUCUGACUCCAUACUUGCCGAUAGAAGUGAAGAGUGCCCAACCAACAUGGAGAAGGACUGUGAAAUCCUCUUGGAGCCAGCACUCCUCAGAAACCAAAGAGGAGAAUUAAGCACUUUUUCUCUUUUAAAAAACUGGAGUCUGCAACUGAGGCAGCAGUCUCUCCUGUCAGAGGAUGACGAGUACACCACUGGGUCUGAGGUCACCGAGGAUGAGGUGGGAGAUGAAGAGGAGUUGUCCAAAAAGCAAGCUGCAAAGAAGGCCAAGAAGAACAACAGAGUGCUCAAAAAACAAAUGUCCUCACCAAACCUCCAGCGAAAAGUCAAACAAACAGACAAAUCUCAAAGCAGAGACAACACUCCUUUCACAGUGAGCAUCCAGAAAAGUAAGUGGGACAAUUCCCGUUCCAUGCGGUACAACCAAGAUGCUCAGAGAGAGGAGGACCAGCGUCGCAUGGCGGAGAUCACCGACUACCUCACCAAGAUGCGCUUUGGAGACCACGAGCAAAACAGAUCCAAGGACACUAAGGAGCCGGCAGGGGGAAUUUACUCCAGGCUGGAGGCACAUUUCAAGAGCGUCACCCAAAGCAGACACGCCUUUGACAAGACACCCAGACCAAAAUUACGCUACGCUCAAAUCCGGACAAACACCGAGAAGUGA